UACAUCUGGAAUGGGCCUGAGAUUCUGUAUUGCUAAGAAGCAAUGAAUAACAAGUUUAUAGAAGACUUGGAAUAAGGAUUCCAACAUAUAUGAAAAAUUUCAAACCAGAAGAGGCCUCCCCCGUUUUAAAAAAUAUGCUUUUUAUUUUAAGAGUUUUAGGUUUAUAGGAAAGUUGCAGAGAUAGUACACAUUAUUCGCCAUAGCCAAGAUCUAGAAACAACCUAAGGAGCCAUCAACAGAGAAAUGGAUAAAGAAAAUGUGAUAUGUAACAUAUAUAAAAUGGAAUAUUGAAGCCAUCCUCCCAGCUAAAGCCCAAGAAUUCUUGAUGAAGUAUCCAGUGGUCCUGAUCCAUGGGUUGUGCCUAGCUAAUUUAAAAAGAAAAGGAGGGUCACCUGUGUGGCUCAGUCAGUUGAGCGUCUGACUCUAGAUUUCAGUUCAGGUUAUGAUCCCAGAGUCCUGGGAUCGAGCCUUGCGUCGAGCCUUGUGAUAGGCCCCGCGGAGCUGCCAUACCAUGUUUCACAGUGGCUGCACCAUUUAACACUCCUACCAACAAUGCACAAUGCACCUUUCAACAAAGGUCUUCUUGGAAUGCAACAUUUGGAGUCCCUCUUACAUCUGCUUGCCUCUAGAACAAAGCUGAACUUGUUGAUCCAUCCCCGUGAAGUGAAGCUUGAAAAGAAUUCUCUCCAUGUUCCCAAAUCCCUUUUUAAGUCAAAGUGCCUCCAAAUUGCCUCUCCUUGUAGACCUUCUGUGACCCACAGUAUACUGGAGAAAAGCAGAAUCUCAGUCCCCAUCCCAGAAAUAGCGCUUGCAUUUUCAUGUGGUUCUCAUACGUGUUAGAGUUUGAGAAGCACGGAUUUAGAGCUCCAGGCUUGGCUCACACUUGACCCCGGUCCUCCUCGCUGAACAACAGAGGUAAGGAGACUAGACCAGCGGUAAUAGUUAUGUUAGGGACAGGAUCUCUACCCAAGGAUCCACUCAGACACUUUUCACUAUCCUCAAGCCCUGCCUGCACAGGAAGCCGGCCACUAAAGAUAGACUGCCUGUGGGAGACAUAGGAACAUAAGGGACCUCUGCUAGCUGUGCAGCAGGGUGAAAAAGGGUGGAACAGGAAAAGGAGGAAGGCAAGUUCCUGGAUUCCAAAAACCACAGUUUGUCUAGGUGCUACUUUCUCCCUUAUUUAGCACAUAACUUUGUCAUAUGACAUCCCUUUGCUGACCUCUUUUCCUUUUGCAUUUUACCCCGCAUUCAAAAGUCACCAUCUAAAACUUUUCUCCAUGGGUUAGAAACUUUAAGUUGUCAGGGACUGAAUGUGCCCUGUUUCCAACAGUUUCUGGCAGUUCUCUGCUUUUAUGGUGUAGUCAUGGUGAAACCUGAGUCAUCUGAAGAUGGUGCCAGUGCCAAAGAACUGGGGAAGGAGCUUGUUGACAAGCCAGGAUGGCAAGGAGCUGGGCUCAAGUAACUGCUGGGCACCCAGGGCCACUGUCCUAUUGGGACAGGAGAGCUGCCCCAAUCCUAAAUGUGUUUAUACAAAUUUCCCCAAACUUUACAGUUCUAAUGAAUACUUUCUGUAGCAAGAGUGUUUAGAGACGGCCCAAAAUAUAAAGCAUCUCCCCGGAAAAUUGUUUCUCACAGUUCUGAGUAGCAACACCUAGCUUUUGCAUGUGCCAGAAUUCCUUUUUUUCCUUUUCUCUCUUUCUUCCUUUUUUUUUUUUUUUUUUAAACUGAGAAACCACAACAUUUUCCUGGACAGGCAAACAAAAUAACCUUAAUUUGUGUUUUAAGUAAAAAUCGUUUCCCUCCUGUUUCAUUCACAGACAUUAAACUAUCCAGAAAGUACCUUGGUUUGGCCUCGUGUGUGUGUGUGUAUAUGCGUGUGUGUGUGCCAUUUCUCUAAAAUUAUGACUCAUAGUCUGGGGGACAAUGAUUGAUUUUUUUCCAGUUCACAUAGCUGCUCUGAAUUUCUCCUCACAAGGAUGGGCCUGUUUAUUCACUCUGGGCAUCGUUGGUAGAGCGCUAGUGUAAACAGCCCGAGGAACCCGGUGGGCUGGGGAAGCGGGCGCCCUGUGUUCUUCGCGGGGAGCAGGGAUGCUGGGGGCCAGGUGGGGCCGACCGCAUUUAGAGACCGCUUUCGGACCCCCCCUGGGUUUGCGAUGCCUGCCGGAGCAGCCAGAAGCGCCAUUGUGAUGCCGGUGGGAGGGGUGGAGCCACUAAGUCCCGUCUCAAUUUAGACUUCUCACUCCGCUUCUAGGCGCGCCCAUUUCAGAUUGCUAAACUCCAGAGUCAGGGGAAAAAAAAAAAAGCGGGGAGGAGGUGGAAAGCCACACCCCGCGGCGCCCGCGAAUUUCCCCAGGAGCCGACGGUGGCUCAGGCAGACGCGGCCGAGAUGCGGGGCCCGGGGCUCCUGACCGCCGCCCACCUCGCGUGCGUGUGGACCGUGGUACUGGCCGCGGCCCCCGGGCCUAGGUUUCUGGUGACAGCCCCAGGGGUCAUUAGGCCUGGAGGAAAUGUGACUGUUGGGGUAGAGCUUCUGGAACACAGCCCCUCCCAGGUCACUGUGAAGGCUGAGGUCAUCAAGAUGGCAGCCAACCUCACGGUCUCUGUCCUGGAAGCACAGGGAGUCUUUGAAAAAGGCUCUUUCAAGACACUUACUCUUCCAUCACUACCUCUGAACAGUGCAGAUGGGAUUUAUGAGCUACGUGUAACUGGACGUGCCCAGGAUGAGAUCUUAUUCUCUAAUAGUACGCGCUUAUCAUUUGAGACCAAGAGAAUGACUGUCUUCAUUCAAACAGACAAGUCCCUGUACAAGCCGAAGCAGGAAGUGAAGUUUCGUGUCGUUACACUCUUCUCAGAUUUUAAACCUUAUAAAACUUCUUUAAACAUUCUAAUUAAGGACCCCAAGUCCAAUUUGAUCCAACAGUGGUUGUCAGAACAAAGUGAUCUUGGCAUCGUUUCCAAAACUUUUCAAUUAUCUUCCCAUCCAAUACUUGGUGACUGGUCCAUUCAAGUUCAAGUGAAUGACCAGACAUAUUAUCAAUCAUUUCAGGUUUCAGAAUAUGUGUUACCAAAAUUUGAAGUUACUUUGCAGACACCAUUAUACUGUUCUUUGAAUUCUAAGAGCUUAAAUGGUACUGUCACAGCAAAGUAUACAUACGGGAAGCCAGUGAAAGGAGAUGUAACACUUACAUUUUUACCUUUAUCCUUUUGGGGCAGGAAGAAAAAUAUUACGAAAAAUUUUAAGAUAAAUGGAUCUGCAAACUUCUCUUUUAAUGAUGAAGAAAUGAAGAAAGUAAUGGAUUUUUCAGAAGGGUUUUCUGAAUACAUGUAUCUGUCUUCCCCUGGGCCGGUGGAAAUUUUAGCCACAGUGACAGAAUCACUUACAGGUAUCUCAAGAAAUGCAAGCUCUAAUGUAUUUUUCAAGCAACAUGAUUACAUCAUUGAGUUUUUUGAUUAUGCUACUGUCUUGAAGCCAUCUCUGAACUUUACAGCCACUGUGAAGGUAACCCGUGCUGAUGGCAAUCGACUGACUUUUGAAGAAAGAAGAAAUAAUGUAGUUAUAACAGUGACACAGAAAAACUCUUCCGAGUACUGGAGCAGAUGGGGCAGCAGGAACCAGGAACUAGAAGCUGUCCAGAUCAUAAAUUAUACUGUCCCUCAAAAUGGAAUCUUUAAAAUUGAAUUCCCAAUCCUGGAUGAUUCCAAUGAGCUACAGUUGGAGGCCUCUUUUCUUAACAGUGUGAGUAGCAUGGCAGUUCAUGGUAUGUUUAAGUCUCCCAGUAAAGCAUACAUCCAACUAAAAACGAGAGAUGAAAAUAUAAAGGUGGGAUCACCUUUUGAGUUGGUGGUUAGUGGCAACAAGCCACUAAGGAAGGAGUUAAGCUAUAUGGUAAUAUCCAGGGGACAGUUGGUGGCUGUAGGCAAGCAAAAUUCAACAGCCUUCUCUUUAACACCAGAAAAUUCUUGGGCUCCAAAAGCCUGUAUUAUUGUGUAUUAUAUUGAAGAUGAUGGAGAAAUUAUAAAUGAUGUUCUAAAAAUUCCUGUUCAGCUUGUUUUUAAAAAUAAGAUAAAGCUGUUUUGGAGUAAAACUCAUGCUGCACCAUCUGAGAAAGUCUCUCUUAGGAUCUCUGUGACACAGCCAGACUCGAUAGUUGGGGUUGUGGCUGUUGACAAAAGCGUGAAUCUGAUGAAUGCCUCUAAUGAUAUUACAAUGGAAAAUGUGGUCCAUGAGUUGGAGCUCUAUAACACAGGGUAUUAUUUAGGCAUGUUCAUGAAUUCUUUUGCAGUUUUUCAGGAAUGUGGCCUCUGGGUAUUGACAGAUGCAAACCUUAUGAAGGAUUACAUUGAUGGUGUUUAUGACAGCGUAGAACUUGCCGAGAGGUUUGUGGAGGAAAAUGAAGGAUACUUGGUAGAUUUCCAUGACUUUUCUUCGGUUAGCGAUCCACGUGUCAGAAAGCAUUUUCCAGAGACUUGGAUUUGGCUAGACACCAACAUGGGUUCCAAGAUUUACCAAGACUUUGAAGUUACCGUGCCUGAUUCUAUCACUUCUUGGGUGGCUACCGCAUUUGUGAUCUCUGAGGACUUAGGUCUUGGACUAACCAGGACUCCAGUGGAGCUACAAGCCUUCCAGCCAUUUUUCAUUUUUUUGAAUCUUCCCUACUCUGUUAUCAGAGGUGAAGAAUUUGCUUUGGAAGUAACCAUAUUCAAUUAUUUGAAAGAUGCCACUGAGGUUCAAGUAAUCAUUGAGAAAAGUGACAAAUUUGAUAUUCUAAUGGCUUUAAAUGAAAUAAAUGCGACCGGACACCAGCAGACCAUUCUGGUUCCCAGUGAGGAUGGGGCAACUGUUGUUUUCCCAGUCAAGCCAACACACCUGGGGGAAAUUCCAAUCACAGUCACAGCCAUUUCACCUGCUGCUUCUGAUGCUGUCACCCAGAGGAUUUUAGUAAAGGCUGAAGGAAUAGAAAAAUUGUAUUCACAAUCCAUCUUGUUAGACUUGGCUGUCCACAAAUUACAAACUCCCCUGAAAACUUUGAGUUUCUCAUUUCCUCCCAACACAGUGAGUGGUAGUGAAAGAGUUCAGAUCACUGCAAUUGGGGAUAUCCUUGGUUCUUCCAUCAAUGGCUUGGCCUCAUUGAUUCGGAUGCCUUAUGGCUGUGGUGAACAGAAUAUGAUAAAUUUUGCUCCAAAUAUUUAUGUUUUGGAUUACCUAACUAAAAAGAAACAACUGACAGAAAACUUAAAAGAAAAAGCCCUUUCAUUUAUGAGGCAAGGUUAUCAGAGAGAACUUCUCUAUCAGAGGGAAGAUGGCUCUUUCAGUGCUUUUGGGAAUGAUGACCCUUCUGGUAGUACUUGGUUGUCAGCUUUUGUUUUAAGAUGUUUCCUUGAAGCUGAUCCUUACAUAGAUAUUGAUGAGAAUGUGUUACACAGAACAUAUACUUGGCUCAAAGGACGUCAGAAAUCCAAUGGUGAAUUUUGGGAGCCAGGAAGAGUGAUCCAUAGUGAGCUUCAAGGUGGCAAUAAAAGUCCAGUGACACUUACAGCUUAUAUUGUGACUUCUCUCCUGGGCUAUAAAAAAUAUCAGCCUAAUAUUGAUGUACAAGAGUCUAUCAACUUUUUGGAGUCUGAAUUUAAUAGAGGAAUUUCAGACAAUUAUACUUUAGCUCUUAUAACUUAUGCACUGUCAUCUGUCGGGAGCCCUAAAGCCAAGGAAGCUUUGAAUAUGCUGACUUGGAGAGCAGAACAAGAAGGAGGCAUGCAAUUCUGGGUGUCUUCAGAGUCUAAACUUUCUGAAUCCUGGCAGCCACGCUCCCUGGAUAUUGAAAUUGCAGCCUAUGCGCUACUUUCACACUUCCUGCAAUAUCAGGUUUCUGAGGGAAUCCCGAUUAUGAGGUGGCUAAGCAGGCAAAGGAAUAGCUUGGGAGGUUUUGCAUCUACCCAGGACACCAUUGUGGCCUUGAAGGCCCUAUCUGAAUUUGCAGCUCUAAUGAACACAGAAAGUACGAACGUCCAAGUGACUGUGAUGGGGCCCAGUUCACCAAGUCCUAUAAAGUUUCAGAUUGACAGACAGAACUGCUUUCUUCUCCAGAUGGCAGAGCUUUCAGUGGUACAGCCAACUGCAGUUAAUAUUUCCGCAAGUGGUUUUGGAUUUGCGAUUUGUCAGCUUAAUGUUAUUUAUAAUGUGAAAGAUUCGGGUUCCUCCAGAAGACGAAGAUCUGUUCAAGACCAAGAAGCCUUUGAUUUAGAUGUUGCUGUCAGAGACAAUAAGGAUGAUAUAAAUCACUUGAAUUUGAAUGUGUGUACAAGGUUUUUGGGCCCAGCUAGAAGUGGCAUGGCCCUUAUGGAAGUGAACCUGCUCAGUGGUUUUACCGUGCCUUCAGAUGCAAUUCCUCUGAGUGAGACGGUGAAGAAAGUGGAACACGAUCAUGGAAAACUCAACCUAUAUUUAGAUUCUGUAAAUGAAACCCAGUUUUGUGUUGAUAUUCCUGCUGUGAGAAACUUUAAAGUUUCAAAUACACAAGAUGCUUUGGUGUCCAUAGUGGAUUACUAUGAACCAAGGAGACGAGCGGUGAGGAGUUACAACUCCGAAGCGAAGCUGUCUUCCUGUGACCUCUGUGGGGACAUUCGCGGAUGCGGUCCUUGUGAGAGCGGAGCUGCGGCCUCCCUUUGUCGCCCUUCAGAAAUGUUUGUGCUCUGUCUCACGCUUCUGUUUUCUUUGCACCAGUGGCUGUGAUUUGUUCUUUAAGGACUCCAUGUAACAUUGACAUUUCCAAUCACAUGAUUGUCUUGUUUUCGUGAUCAAGUAUUACUUCUGACUAUUUUUGAAAAAUAAUUUUUUAUUUUUAUGGGGUUGGGAGGGGAUGGUGCACAGUAGGUCCUAGUAUGUAUAGCUGCACAGACGUCUUCAUUUGACUUCUGUGUAGAACAAAAAAUCAGAGUUAUUGCAGUUGUAUGUCUUUAUUUCCCCCUCUUAAAAGUAGUUAAGGAGUUUUUCAUGGAGGUGUUGUCUUCUCCAGAAUAAAUGUGUUAUUUUAGAUUAUUCUUUUUAUUUUCUAGAGGAAAUGCUAGGUUCUUAAGCAUUAUUGUACACCAGUGUUGGCUUUUGCAUUAAAGACAGAUGUCUGGGAAC